AUAAAACUGUGAUGUUGUCGGAAUGGCACAAUUAAGGAAAAGUAAUGGAUAUUUAUGCCUGGCGACGAAAUGCCAUCCGGUCAACAAUCAAUCAAUAGACACUUCACCAACUGCGGAGUAGACAACGCUGAACAGAAUUAAUACACUACGUCAAUUUGCGAUUCAGAGAAAAGAAACCAUGACUGACACAAACACCCCGGCCGAAGGGACCAAGCAGUCUCUCAUACAGAUUGCCAGAGCAUGGGGAGAGAACCCAUUUACUCCCACCCUCCUAGCCACAACCAUCGCCGCCCAGCACAUGCGUCCCUUCCAAACGUUUCCGAUGCUCUUCCCUCCCGUCCUGCUGUUCACGAGCUAUGCAAACCUCCAAGGCUUCACGACCGAUAGUGCCGGGAUUUCAGCAGCGUGGUCGGGUCUCUAUCUGUUGCUCGCAGGUCGACGGAAACAGCCAUUUAUGAAGAAGUGGGGUGCACGAGGGAUCGUCCGGGGUGUUACAAUGGGUCUUUGCUUUGCGAACUUGGUUGGUGGUGGUUUGGCGUAUACUUUGGGCAAGAGGGAGGAGGAAGAAGAUGAUGAGUAAAUGGGGUGUGGGAAUUGAUAACUUUCUAUUAUUUGGGCAGGCGUCAUCGCUAUGGUGUUGGGGUAGACACAAAAGUUCAGUUUCUAUGUAC